AAGAAAAAGAGCGUAAAAUUUUAUAACCAAGAGAAAUAACUAAGCCAAACUAGUUACGUCAUAUUAUCCUAAAUGGCGCAACAACACAACAAGCUACUUCCUUGCAAAUCUGAUGGCAUUUGUAUGAUCUACAACCAUAAGCCUCUAGAAAGUGAAAUUGUGAGUUGCAGAACUUGUGCAACACCAUGGCAUGUUCCAUGUUUACCUUUCCAUCCCCUGAAAAUCUUUGAUUGGAAUUGCACUGCUUGUUCUCAACCUGUGGAUGUCAACCACGUCGCCGAUGCAUCUGCUCCUCCUAUCACUUGUAGUCUUGUUUCCACCAUCUACGCCAACGAGAAUGAUACUUCACUCACUGGUGAAGAAAGGUCCAAGAAAAGUCAUGAAGUCUAUGAUAGAUCUCCUAAACCACCUUUUGAAAACAACAACAAAUAUAAUGACUUGUAUGGCAUUUUCUAUAGUAAGCUUAACUGCACUUUCUGCUUGCACUUGCCUGAGAGACCUAUCACUACACUAUGCGGGCACAAUUUUUGCAUGAAGUGUUUUGAGAAAUGGAUUAAGCAAGGAAAAAACAAUUGCCCAAAUUGUAGGGCUGAAAUUCCAGCAAAUAUGGCGAGUGAUCCACAAAUCAAUGCACAACUAGAGACCACCAUUCAAAUGGCUAUAUCAGAGAGUGUUGCUCAUGGGAAGAUAUUUUUGACGAUUUCAAAAGAACAUUUUAGACCCAUUGUUGCUGAGAAUGAUCCAAUAAGAAAAUGGGGAGUUCUUGUUGGUGAUACAUGGGAGGGUUUGAUGGAAUGUAUCCAAUGGGGUGCUCAUUUUCCCCAUGAUUCCAGGAUUGCUAGUCAGAGUGUUUAUGGUGCUCAAUCUGUUGCUCUAUCUGGUGGUUACAUUGAUGAGAUAGAUCAUGGUAAUUGGUUUCUUUAUAGUGGAAGUUGUGGAAAUGACCUUAGUGAUAACAAACGUACCAACAAAAAUCAGUGCUUUGAUAAAAAAUCUGAGAGAAAGAAUGAAGCUUUGAGACUCAGUUGCGAAAAAGGUUAUCCUGUUCGUGUUGUAAGAUCCCACACGAAGAAACGCUCCUCUUAUGCACCCAAAGCAGGAGUGCGAUACGAUGGGGUUUAUAGAAUUGAAAAAUGGUGGCGCAAAAUUGGAAAGCAAGUAUGGUUCUUGUUUGUAAUAUUUAUCCAUUCCAUUUAUGCAUGCAAGGUUUGUAGAUAUUUGUUUGUGAGGUGUGACAAUGAGCCUGCUCCAUGGACAAGUGAAUUAUCCGAAGAUCGUCCCUAUCCACUACCUAUAAUUGAGGAGUUGAACAAUUCAAUUGAUAUUACUGAAAGGAAGGGUGAUCCAUCGUGGGGCUUUGAUGAGGAAAAAGGUUGCUGGCUAUGGAAGAAGCCUCCACCGCCAAGUAAGAAACUAGUGAAUGUGAAUCCUAUCGAUGAAACAAAAAUAAAAGUUGAUGUGGCAAAAGCAAGAAAGGUGGCCUCAAAAAUCAAGGAUAAGCUUUUGAAAGAGUUUGGUUGCAAUAUCUGCCACAAGGUGUUGGCUUCCCCUCUUACUACACCAUGUGCUCACAACUUUUGCAAAGUCUGCUUGGAAUGUGUGUUUUCAAGCCAAAGUUAUAUAAGUGAGAGGGUCACUCAAAGUGGACUUGCUUUGCGGCCAAAGAAAAACAUCAUGAAAUGUCCUACAUGUUCGACUGACAUCGUGGAUUACCUUGAGAUUUUAAAGAUAAUGCUGACCUCUUUUAAAAUAAAUGGUUUAUCUUGAGAUUUCACUUUGAAGUUGGCGUUAUUAGUUUUAGCGUUAUUUUUAGCCAUUGGAUUGCAUUGAAUAUUUGUAAUGUGAUUUAUAAGUUUCAGUAUUAGGACUUAUAUUUGCAACAACCAAAUAAAAAAUGGAUUGUUGUUAUCCUUA